AUGAAUAGCAGCUCUCAUUAUUUCUCACAUGGCACUAUAGCUUUGUUCUGUGGUAAAGGAAUGGACUUUCGUCCCAAAGUUGGGACCUUGCAGGCUUCCUUCAAUGGAAAAUCAGAAUUUCUGAAUCUCCACGUUUACCCUGCUCUUACUUCCAUUGAUUCUUUUCGAUUUCAGCAUGGUUGCAAUGUACUGAAGCUUUCAUUGAAGUCAAGAACUUCCCAAUCGCAAGCAUUGGUGGUGAGGACAGAUCAUCCUCAAAAUUCUGACUUUCCGAAAUACUAUUCGAAAAAGGAGAAGAAGCCCUUUCCAGUACCCAUUGUGGACUUGAGGCGGGCUGCCAGGGAAAGGCUUAAGAGCAGGAAGGGCAAGCCUAAAACACCAGUUCCUCCUCCUAAGAAUGGCUUGCUUGUCAAGACCCUUAUCCCAGUUGCCUAUGACGUCUUCAAUGCAAGAAUUACAUUGAUCAAUAAUUUGAAGAAGCUGUUAAAGGUGGUGCCUGUGCAAGCUUGCAGGUUCUGUAAUGAAAUUCAUGUGGGGCCUGUUGGGCAUCCGUUCAAAUCAUGUAAAGGUGCAAAUGCUAACAUUCGUAAGGGUCUUCAUGAGUGGAUAACAAAUGCGACCGUUGAUGACGUAUUCUUACCAGUUGAAGCUUUCCACCUCUAUGAUCGCCUUGGAAGACGCAUUCCUCAUGAGGAGAGAUUCUCAAUUCCUAGAAUUCCAGCAAUAGUUGAGCUUUGCAUCCAAGCUGGGGUUGAUGUCCCAGAAUAUCCCACUAAAAGGAGAAGAAAGCCAAUCAUCCGCAUUUCAAAAAGUGAAUUUGUUGAUGCAGAUGAAAGUGAGCUACCAGACACUGACACUGAAGGACCCAAGAGACCCGUCUUGACUGAAAUACCCGAUUCAGAGAUAGUAGCCCCAUCAGAUGAAGAAGAAACAACCUUGCUUGCUGAGGAAACACUACGAGCAUGGGACCAGAUGAGGAGAGGAGCCAAGAAGCUAAUGAAGAUGUAUCUGGUGAGGGUUUGUGGGUAUUGCCCUGAGGUUCAUGUGGGUCCCAGUGGGCACAAGGCUCAGAACUGUGGAGCCUUCAAACACCAACAACGAAAUGGGCAACAUGGUUGGCAGGCGGCAGUGCUCAAUGACUUGAUACCACCAAGAUAUGUGUGGCAUGUUCCAGAUGUAAAUGGACCACCAAUGGAAAGGGAGCUCAGGAACUUCUAUGGGCAAGCCCCUGCUGUUGUUGAAAUGUGCAUUCAGGCGGGUGCUGCUGUGCCAGAAGAAUACAGACCAACCAUGAGGUUGGAUGUUGGAAUUCCCUCCACCAUUAAAGAAGCUGAAAUGGUAGUUUGA